AUGGAUGAUGCUGAUCUUGUCACUUUCCCUAUAUUUCCAGAUGAUUAUCGAAGUCAAAACAGUCUUCUCUAUGCUUGCUUUCAGGCGAAUAUUGUCGCUUUCAUUUCCGCUAUAAUACCCCGUCUUUUCGUCACUGGGUUCACCUUCGCCCAGCCGUUUCUCAUCAAUGCGACAUUAGACUUCAUCGAACAGACACACCACGAUACAAAUUUUGCCAAGGGGCUGGUCUGUGCAUGGGCUAUCGUAUACAUUGGCCUUGCUGCAUCCACGUCGAUAUACCAAUAUCAGAAUUUCCGAUUUGUCACAAAACUACGUGGAAGCUUGAUUGCUCUGAUUUACCAACGAACUCUCCAGACUCGAUCAGCGGAUCUCGGGGAAAUCACCGCGGUUUCUCUAAUGGGAACAGACGUCGAGCGUAUAGUAGCGAGUUUGGAAAUGUUUCACGAUACAUGGGGCUCUCUGCUGGAAAUAGGUAUUGCAAGCUGGCUACUUGGGAGACAGGUCUCUUUAGCUUGCGUUGCACCCCUUGCUCUUAUUCUUGUGUUCAUCGCAGCAACAUCGAGAAUCUCAUUCUAUCUAAAGGACGCGCAAGUCAAAUGGAUCGAGAAGGUUCAGAAGCGACUGAGAGCUACCUCUGCAAUGCUAGGUGAUAUGAAGGCCGUGAAGAUGCUUGGGCUCUCUCGGAAGAUGCUACCCCUCAUACAAGAUCUGCGGAUAGAAGAGAUCAACACUUCACAUUCCUACCGAAAGUAUUUUAUCGCGAUGAUAAUGCUAUCAUUGACACCUCUCAACCUAGCACCAGUCAUUACUUUUGGCGUUUACAUCAUCAUCGCCUUAUAUUGGAAACAUGAUUCCCUCUUCACGGCUCAAGCCUUCACGUCGUUAUCUCUUAUCACGCUCCUCACGACACCAGUGGUUGUCUUCAUCCAGGGCCUCCCACAAGUCAUCCAAUGCAUUGGCAAUUUCAACAGAAUCCAAGAAUUCUGCAGUUACACGUCUGAAUCAGAUAUAAAAUAUGACAGGGCUCUAGAACAGGAGAAAGAGGGGUCUAUCAAGCUGGGAAGUGACGAGCUUUCUUGGAAUACGGCGAAUCCAUUGGCUGUUUUGAAAGAUGUCUCUGUGAGUAUCAGCCGAGGAACAAUAACCGCAAUUGUUGGCCCGGUCGGCAGUGGAAAGUCAAGUCUUCUCAAUGCGCUAUUGAGAGAACUCGUUCCAGUGCCUUCCUCGAAUGUGUCAUCUAAUCAAGCGAUGAAACCCCAGAAAGUACAAAUUGGGCAAAAGGAGGAAAUGGCCUAUUGUUCACAGCAAGCCUGGCUUGAGAAUGGGACAGUUCGGCAAAACAUUAUAGGUGCAUCGCCGUGGGAUCAAAAAUGGUACGGAAGAGUCCUGUACGUGUGUGGGCUUGAGGAUGACCUGGAACGCCUGGAAAGGGGUGAUUAUACAGAGAUUGGUAGCAAGGGGAUGAAUCUGAGCGGGGGACAAAAGCAGCGUGUUGCUUUAGCUAGAGCUGUUUAUUCUCGGCGAAGCAUUAUACUCUUGGAUGAUGUGUUCAGUGGGAUGGAUGCCCAUACCAUCAAAAUCGUUUCUGAUCGUCUAUUUGGACGUGAUUCCGGGAUACUGCGUGGUAAUAGGACGACUGUGGUCUUGGCUACACACAAUGAAAAAAUCAUGGGGUUGGUGGAUACAAUUAUUUUGCUUGAUAAUGGCCGAAUUGUGGAUUUUAACAGCCCCGGGACCCUACCACAAGCAGGGAAAUCUUCUAUAGACAAACUUGGAGUAUCAGAAAGUGACUCCUCCGACCUGGAGGUGGCUACAAAAGCGCAUCAUAUACAUCCCACUAAACAUCUAAAUGCCCCCACAAAGGGCACCUGCGAGCUAGCUGUCCGAGAUUGGGAUGCUACCUGGGCCACCGAAAAUGUCGAAUCGGAACCACCUCAAGACCAGAGGCGCAAGGCUGGUGACGCAUCGAUAUAUUCCUACUACGUUGCUAGCUCCGGCUAUUUCGCUGUUAUUAUGUAUCUGAUAUCCAUGGCGCUUUGGAUAUUUUGUAUUGAGUUUUCCACGAUCUGGGUUGACUGGUGGUCUGCUGCAAAUUCCAAGAGACCGAAUCAAAACUUGGGUAUGUAUAUGGGCAUUUAUGUCAUGCUAGGGGUUGUUGGAACUAUCGCUGCCUGCAUUUCUGCUUGGUUUGCCAUUAUAUCUAUUAUAUCGAACUCGGCGAAUAAGCUUCACUACGAUCUACUCAAGGCCACUCUCAGCGAAGACAUGGAGUUGAUAGAUAUGGUCCUUCCAACAACGGCAUUGAAUUACACGUCAACCUUGAUCUCAGUGUUUGCACAGAUCAUUAUUCUAGCAGCCUUUUCGAGAUCACUAGCCGUUGCUCUACCUAUUAUAUUUGCGUUUCUGUAUAUCCUUCAGAGAUUCUACCUUCAAACAUCCCGGCAGAUGCGUCUCCUCAUGAUCGAAGCAAAAGCACCACUAUACACCCUCUUCUCCGAAGCAGAAUCAACACAAGGGUCUGCAGGACCUGGAGCGCGCACUGCUGGAGAUGGCGCAAUCACAAUUCGGGCCUUUAGCUGGCAAGCCUUCUACCAGUCGCGUGCAUCGAAUCUAGUAGAUCAAUCCCAGCGUCCGAUGUAUAUGCAAAGCUGUGUACAGAAUUGGCUAGGCUUCGUCAUGAAUCUCACAACGGGUAUUCUAGCCGUUAUCAUUGUCGCGACCGUGUUUAAUUGGCAGAAGAAACUUGAUAUUAGCGCUGGGGGUGUUGGCGUUUCGCUGGUUAUUAUCAUUGGAAUGGGUGAGACGUUGGGCCGUCUUAUCAAGGAAUGGACUAAGCUCGAGUCGAGUAUUGGGGCUGUCGCGAGAGUUAAGCGCUUCGUUGCUGAGACAGAGAAAGAAGAUGACGGGGAAAUCCUUGCGAAUUCCCCUACUGAGGAUUGGGCCUUGACUGGCUCUAUUGAGUUUGUAAAUGUGGUUGCAAGGUUUAGACCUGAGACUGAGCCGGUGCUUAAAGGAGUAACACUGUCUGUACAACCCGGUGACCAUAUGGCUAUUUUUGGCCGUUCCGGAAGUGGAAAAACCUCUCUAAUUAUGAGCCUUCUGCGAAUGAUUCAUACUACUGCGGGGCAAAUACUCAUUGACGGAGUCAAUAUAAAUUCCCUGCAGUCCACAGAAGAUCUCCGCUCGCGUAUCAACGUUGUGCCACAAGAUCCAUUCAUUCUACCCGGGGCAACUGUACGAUUUAGCAUCGAUACAUCAUGUACCUCUUCGGACGACGAAAUAAUUCAUGCGCUGAAGCGUGUUGGCUUCGGACAGCUGAUUCAAGGCCCAGAUGAUUUGGAUCAGAGAGUUGAGGACCUAGCCCUAUCUACGGGUCAGACGCAGUUACUAUGCUUUGCAAGAGCUAUAAUCAAGAAGGAAAGCUCCAAGAUUCUGGUUUUAGAUGAAGCUACAAGCAGCUUGGAUAGCGAAGCGGAGUCUCUCAUACAAGAUAUCGUGGAUACCGAGUUCAUAGAUUGUACCGUCAUAUCUGUUAUGCACAGGCUUACACAUGUCCAGUUCUACAACAAAGUUGCACUUUUGGAUGCCGGGUCGAUAGUCGAAUUCGGCGAGCCUGGUGCCUUGCUGGCGGAGGAUACUCAGUUUGCAGAGCUGUAUAGAUCUUCAUUGAAAUAA